AAAGAAAAAAAUAGAGUUGGAAGUUGGAACAUUCAAAACAUUGGAAUUCAAAAAUGAAACUGAAUGAAAGUUCCCGUCAUUUUCAGGUGCUCUUGGGUGCUAUACACAUUGGUUUUUAGUGAGGAGAUUUGUAAUGGAGAAUCAGAGCAACCGCCGCAUGUGAAGCAACCAAAAUUCAAUAUCAGGGUUAUGAGACACACGCCAUCUGACGUUUGCAAACAACAGAUCAAUAAUGGGGAAUUCUUUUCGACGAUUACGUUCAUUAUCAUCGGAUGCAUACCGAUUUUUCAUAAUGAAUCUAUCGAUAAGCCAUGAAAUGAAUGUUCUGAAUGUACCAAGUGGAGAAGUGAUUCAACACAGCUCCGCCAAAGAGGUAGCUGCUUCAUUGCAGCGAAUGAUACUGAAGUUGAAAGGAAAAUAUUUGUCUGAAGAUGGAAAAUCAGUUGAUUACGCAGAACUGAGGAAUGAUAAUUUGUUCAAAGAAUUUCAAGCCCAAUCAGUACAACUUGCUGAUGUAGAAUUAGCUGAUUUAAGCCCUGUUCAAAUAAAAGCAUUCUUCAUAAACAUAUACAACACACUAACAAUUCAUGCCCUUUCUAAGGUUGAACCUUUGCCCAGUUCUUUAUUAGAAGUUACUAAUUUCUGGAAACAUUCAGCAUACAAAAUUAGUGGGCUUGUUUUCUCUUUGGAUGACAUUGAACACGGCAUAUUACGCGCCAACACAAGACAUCCUUCAGCACUCAGUAAACCUUUUAAAGAUGAUGACCCCCGCGUUCAGUUCAGCUUGAAAGAAUUAGAUCCCCGAAUACAUUUUGUUUUGAAUUGUGGGGGCAAGUCAUGUCCUGCUAUUGGUGUAUAUAAUGAAGAUAAUCUGGAGGCAGCAUUGAGCAAUUCUGCCACAAAUUUUCUUUCAGAAACUGUUCAGAUUGAGAAUAGCACAAUUCAUCUAUCAAAACUUUUGCUGUGGUAUGGUGCUGACUUCGGAUCUAACGACAAAGAUAUUCUCCGGUGGAUUAGCCAAUACAUACCAGAUUCUCGAAAGGAGACGAUCAUUGAACUUAUUGAAUCUGGCCGCUUCAAAGUAGUUCACGAUGAGUACAAUUGGCUGAUCAACGCUAAGUGAACUAAUCUUAGUUGCACCUUAGUUUUAUUAUUACCAUUUACGCGAUUUGCGGUUUCUAGUCAUUGGAAACGGUCGUUACAGUGGUAAAAAAACAUUCCAAACGAUGAUCUGCGAAUAUAUAAUUUCUGUUUUCUUAUUUAGUUGUGUAGUUGUGUUAGUAGUAUUACACAGUUACGUGGAGUAUUACGCGCACAAAUUGUUUAGACGAGGGAACAAGUCAAUACACGAAAUAAUUUUCAUAUAUCUCAUAAAA